AUGAUGGACGUCGUAAACGUUAUGUUCGUCGGCAUGACGUUCGUGUUUGUGGCCGUGCCGUUGGUGCUUAAGUCGAUGGACGGGACUCGAUUGCCGGUCGCCGUAGCCCGAUUGUACGCGUACGGCAAGAUCACGGGCGGUGCGAAGCCGUCCGGGGUGCUGAGCGUGCCCAAGCGGUGGUACAAGCACUUUUACGCAUUCUCAUUGGCCCUGUCGCUGAUGGCAGCGCUGGCGCUGUCAGACGAGUACGUGGCGGGCGCCCCGUGGCCGUCGGCAGCGGCGUUGUGCCGCCGGUGGCUGUGGGACCCGGUCCGGCGACCAAAGUCGUCGUACAGCUCGGCCGCCGCAUCCACGGCCGCCGGCAUGUUCGUGCUACAGUGCGCCAGGCGGACGUACGAGACGUACCACGUGAACGUGUUCUCCGACACGGCGGUUGGGCUGUGGUACUACGCGUCCGGUUACAUGCACUACGUAGGCGCCAUAGUUACCGUGCUGGCCGAGGCGCCGGUCGCAGCGACUUCGGGGGAGCCACAGUCCAGCAGCGCCUGGGAGCCUGUCCGGUUGGCCGUGGCCUUGUUGGUGUUCGCCUGGGCGUACCGCGAACAGUGGCGGGCCAACGUGGCGCUGGCCGAGGCCCGGAAGCGCGGAGGUCAGGUGGUCACGCACGAGCACAUCAUGCUCACCGGCGGACUGUUCGACCUCGUGUCUAGUCCACAGAUGCUCACUGAGGUGGUCUUGUACGGCGCUUGGUACGCCGUGCUGUGGGGCGGCACCGGGUGGAAGUACGUGAUCGCGUUCGUCUGGGGUAAUCAGUUCGAGAUAGCGCUCAUCAGUCACCGGUGGUACCAGGACAAGUUCCCGAACUACCCUCGAGAAAGGAAAGCCAUCAUACCGUACAUUCUGUGA